CUUAUAUUUCAAACCAAGACAAUGUCUCUCCAUGGAAAAUUGGAAGCUGAUGUAGAAAUUGAGGCUUCAGCUUCAAAAUUUCAUGAAUUGAUCAACAAAAGGCUUCACCAUGUUUCAAAAGCUUCUGGGGACAAAGUACAAAGCUGUGAAUUGUAUGAGGGUGACUGGGGAGAAGUUGGCUCUAUCAUCUAUUGGAACUACUUUCAUGAUGGAAAGGCUAAAGUGGGAAAGGAUGUCAUUGAAGCUGUAGAUUUGGCAAAAAAUAUGAUAAGUUUGAAGGUGAUAGAGGGAGACCUUUUAAAGGAUUACAAAACCUUCAAGUAUACCAUCCAAGCUAUUCCAAAAGGUAGGGGAAGUGUGGUUCAUUGGACAAUGGAAUAUGAGAAACUUCAUGAAAAUAUUCCUGAUUCACAUUCCUUGCUAGAGUUUUGUCUUGGCAUUUCCAAGGACAUUAGUGACCAUCUUUUGAAAGGCAAUUAAAUAUAUGAAGCAUGAACACAACUUGUACUAUUUGCUUUGUAUUAAUAUACCAACUAUAAGGAUAAAAUAAAUGUAUGCAUGCAUGUAGAGUCGGUUUGAGAUGACUUCUCAACUGAAAGUAUUUUAAAGUGCAAAAGAAAGUGUAUUCGUAUACUUGAGAAGUCA